CAGCACAUUAAGCUCAUUGGCAUUGCUCUUAUCAACUUUGUGUUGUUGUGGUGUUUUUUUCGUUUAACCUAUGAUAGUGUUUGCGCAUGCGCGUGCUAUUUAAUCAGUGCGUUUUGUUGUUUAUUUUUGUCGACGUCGAAGAGAAAUAAUAAUAAACAAACAUACAAACGAACAAGCGAAUGCCUAAGUGUGAAUUUGAACUAAAACUGAGUAGAAAUGUGUUAAACAAUUUUAAUGCAAUGCUUAUUCCAUUGUAACGACUGUGAAACGCAACAACGUGUCCAAAGUACUGCUGUGCACCUUCAUAAAGUGAUUGUUACUUUUUUCUAAAACAAAAAAAAAAUCAUUUUAAUUCAGAAAAAUGUUGAAAUUUGCCGUGAAAAACAAUUUGCAAUUGUUUUGUGUCCUGUUGUGUGCGAUCUGUGGACUUAUCGGGAAUGUCGCCACGAAGCCGACAAUCAACUUCAGCCUGCCACAGAGCUUUCCCUCAUUCGCCUCAUUCACGCAGCAGUACUUCGAGAGUCGUAAUUUGCGUCAGAUGAAAACGUACAGUGGAAAGCGGCUUACAAAUGACUCGUUAAUAAUGAUCUACUAUCAUGACUCUACCAUUGCCGUGACCGAGUUGGGACCAGAGAAGCUGUUGUUGAGUUGCGAACUGAUUGAAAUUUACAAUGACAGCGAUGGAAAAACUUUACUCGAAGGACUUGCCAAAUACAAUCGGCCGCUGCGAAUAACAUUCGAGGAAAUGCUGAAACUCAUGAACCAAUGUGAGCGUGUCGACAAGCUGACAUAUGCUUCGCGCAAUCGCGGCAAGUCCAUAGAUGUCAGUGCGAGCAACAACAGUCCCGCGAAUAAUGGUGCUUCAAAUUUGGCGGCAAAUAUAUUUCCGAAAAGUCCAUUUUCAUUAUUGAGUGGCAUCAUACCGGGCACAAAAUGGUGUGGCACCGGCGACAUUGCGGAAACCUACAGUGAUUUGGGCACUGAAAUGGAUAUGGAUCGAUGCUGUCGCCUUCACGAUCUGUGCCCGGUGAAGAUACGUGCCUAUCAAAACAAAUACGAGCUGAUGAAUGACUCCUUGUAUACAAAAUCUCACUGCAUUUGCGACGAUAUGCUGUACUCAUGUCUCAAAAGUGCCAACACGUCGGCGGCGCAACUGAUGGGCUCAAUCUACUUCAAUCUGGUGCAAGUGCCCUGCUUGGCAGGAAGCAAUGACAAAUAUCGCUUUCGAGCGGCCAAAGAGGGUUUCUAAAGUAGAAGCUGAGCGUCAGUCUUUGGUAUAUUUUAUUUAUAAUAAAUAAAAUUAUAAAAAACGUGCAAAGCAGGAAUAGCCAAACUUUUGUAAAAUAUAUUUAUAUUAUUUUUGUACAAAACUUAAUUUGUUGUUAUGUAUGAUUUGCGUUAGCACUUAAGGACUAGCAUAAAGCGGAAAUACAAGUUUUUAUUUAUUUUAUACUUUUUCACAAAAAAUAAAGAGAUGGUUAUUUAUUUAUAAACAAAAA